AUGCUUGUCGUUUUUCGAGAGUCAUUGGCUCAAUUUCAGACCAUGAUUAUGUUAAUUUUCAUAUUGGUCUGGGGUCUCUUGAGUGGACUUGCAGCUUCUACAACUUCAACUGAUAUCAACGCAAAUUUCUUUUAUCUCACUCUUGAUCCAAAUGCAACAAUAACAACUUUCCAAAGUAUUCAAGUGGUUCCUCGCUCCUCCAACGCGCUAGUCAUUCCAGGCAAUGUUCAAGCAGUGUGGCCUGCACUUCAGAACAAUCAAGGCAUUAUGCAAACUGUGGUCGCAAACCAAGGAAGUAUAGGAGAGUGGUUUUACAUUGGAUUGGAAUUUUGUUGUACUUGGUGGAAAACAUUUGAAGUAACAAAGCUGACUUGUAUAAAACAUGCAGACCUGAAGACUGGCAAGCUGAUAAAGCUCAACAAGGCAGACAAUAAUGUUGAUAAAAAUACAGUAUAUCCCGGAGAUCGUAUCACCACAAAGUAUCAAUUGAUGAGUGCAAAUACUGGAGUAUAUAAUGUUACAUGGAAGGUUGAGAGGGGCCAGUCUGGUAUUCAAGCUGGCGAGACGUUCUUUACUGCAGAAUCUUCAUUCGAUCCUCAAGAGCAUCGUAAGUCAUUCGGCACACCUUCAUUCGCUAUGCAGAGCCUAUGGCCCAGAAUAACCUCUGGUGGCCAAGGCCUGUUUAAUAAGGCACUUUUCGCAAUCGAAACACAAGGAGGAAGUAAGUGGGACUUUGGGCCAGUUCAAUGGGACCAAAUCACUAUACAGGCCGACACUACUAGAAGUGAUUGGUGUUUUAAACCUACCAACAACACGGACUUCCAACAUUACCUUUCUACUCCCACGGUCUUCGUCUCCGACAAUCAAGUAAUCUGUGAAUAUUCUUCGAUGAUCCUUGGGGACACAGAACCACCCACAGCUCUCUCAUCUCUCGAAACAAUCUCUCACACUGAGCCUGGACCCACCACACAAGAUCUAAUUCUCUCGCCUACCACAAGCCCAAUACCUGCAGUCUUCGUAUAUCGUCAAGAGCCACCUCUUCCAACACCAAGUCUCGCUGAAUCUGGUAAUGCUCCCACCUCGACGCUCUCGAAUGGCCUUCUAGACCCGUCUUAUCCUGCGCUUUCAGCUUCCCGGGAAUUAGCCAAUAACCACUACAGUUCCUACGAUUCAGUCCAAAUGCAUAAAUACACUGUCGCACUAGAAUCCAACCUGCAGAGCGUCUUCGGAACUACCACUAUUACGACUGUGGAUGGGGAUAGUGCGUUGACUACCAUCACAACAGACAACUACAAAGCAUGGGCUACCGCUUACGCCGCGGCACAUGGAAAUGGAACGGACAAUUCUACAAUUGCGGAUGCUGACUAA